AAAUCCACGCGGUCAGUACCGAUUCGUUAAUACCUUCCCUCCCAUCCCAUGUUGCAAUCCAAUCUCCGUCCUGUUCCCUUGCUCCUGCCUCGCUCUCCUCCGUGGGGCCCUCGUUCCAUCCCCAAACUCCCUUUCGUCUCCUCUUGUCUCGUCCAGGACCAGGAGGAACCGGGCCGGGCGGUUGACCCUGGUCCCGAACCGCCGUCGUCGCCGCGGCGCGUGAGCACGCAGCUGAAUCGCUGGUCCCUGGCGCGUUCCAUCCGUUCCGGCCGCCGGAUCGAUUGGCCUUCCCUCCGGAAAAAGAUCGCUGGGCCGCCCUCGCCGGCACCCCCACCCUCGUCUCCGCCUUCCGAUGCGAGCGUCCGGCAAAUCGUGGCCGCGGAAGGGAUCGAGGAGGACGCGGGCGAGGAGGAUGGGUGCGAAGUGAUGGAGGGGAAGGCCAUCUACAUGGUUUCGGACGGAACAGGGUGGACGGCUGAGCAUUCUGUGAACGCGGCGCUGGGACAGUUCGAGCAUUGCCUCGUCGACCGCGGCUGCCCUGUCAACACUCACCUCUUCUCCGGGGUGGAAGAUAUGGAUAGACUGAUGGAGAUCAUAAAACAAGCUGCUAGAGAGGAUGCUUUAGUACUCUAUACUCUUGCUGAUCCUGCCAUGGCAGAAUCUGCAAAACAUGCUUGUAACCUUUGGGGUGUCCCAUCAGCUGACAUACUCAGCCCCACAACUGAGGCCAUCGCUACUCAUCUUGGUGUUGCUCCUUCUGGAAUCCCCCGAGGCGCUCCAGGCCGAACAGCUCCUCUAAGUGCAGAAUAUUUCAAGCGUAUUGAAGCUAUUGAUUUCACAAUCAAACAAGAUGAUGGAGCUAAGCCCCAGAACUUGAACCAUGCUCACAUUGUCCUCGUUGGCGUUUCCCGCACUGGGAAGACACCCUUGUCCAUCUAUCUGUCUCAAAAGGGGUAUAAGGUGGCAAAUGUUCCAAUAGUAAUGGGUGUGGACUUACCAAAAACACUUUUUGAGAUAGAUCAAGGGAAGAUCUUUGGAUUGACAAUUAACCCAGUUAUUCUGCAGGCCAUUAGAAAAGCAAGGGCUAAAAGCCUUGGUUUUAACAGUGAGAUGAGAAGCAAUUAUUCAGAAAUGGAUCAUGUGAGGGAGGAACUGGAAUAUGCCCGUAAAAUAUUUGCACAAAAUCCAGUAUGGCCAGUGAUUGAGGUUACCGGAAAAGCAAUUGAAGAAACUGCAGCUGUUAUAGUCAGGAUGUAUCAUGACAGGAAGCAAAAAUGCUCCAUGCCACGCAUUUCCAAACGGUACUAAGAAUGAAUCGGUAAAUAUCUGUAUAUAGUCCAACAGAAUAGUUCUCUAUAUUUUCUGUAUAUAUCAUAGUACCAAAUCUUGCUGAAAUGGGUUUGAUCCACCCAUUGUUGGUAGUUAGUGAUUAAUUUUGAAUGUUUAAUUGUAUAUGGAUUAUGGGGACAUCUAGAGAAUGGCAUAGUGCCCCAUUUAUCUCAAAUGUGUGUGAAAUACAUUGUUAAUAUUGGUUUGCGGUUCUUUCAGCAU